CUACCACAUACACACAACAAAGUUCUCAUUUUUUCUCAUUCCUUUCCGACCAUGGCAUCACCGGCAUCCAACCCCCAAAGCGCCGAGACUAAGAAAAGCCGUGGCCGCCAAAGGGUUGACAUUAAGAAAAUGAGCAACGAGGCCAACCUCCAAGUCACGUUCUCUAAGCGCCGCAGCGGGCUUUUCAAGAAAGCCAGUGAGCUUUGCACUCUCUGCGGCGCUGAAGUGGCUCUGGUGGUGUUCUCGCCGGGGCAGAAGGUGUUCUCCUUCGGCCACCCCAGCGUGGAUGGCGUGAUUGAGCGCUAUCUCACUGGGGUCGCACCGCCGGAGGCGGACAACAUGAAUUACAUCGAUGUGCACCGCAUGGCCAAAGUGGUUGACCUUAACGCCCAGCUGACUCAUAUCAAAGAUCAGCUCGAGGCGGAGAGGAAGCGCGCCAAGGAGCUGGGCGGCAUUCAGAAGGAGGCCGAAACCCAUCUGUGGUGGGCCCGGCCCGUGGCCGACAUUACCGAUAUUAACAACCUGCUGAAGCUGAAAAAAGCUUUCCAGCAGCUGAAACAAGAUGUGUCCGGUCUUGCUGGUAUGGCUUUGUUCCAGUCUGUUGCAAAUGGAAACCCGGGGCAUCAGUUUUUUGCUGGGGCUUCUUCCUCAGCCGUUCCCAAUGUUGUGCUUCAGUCACAACCACUGCCAGUGGCCCAGGUGUUCCCUCCUGCUGUUCCACAGAUGAUGUUUCCACCACCCAUGUUUGAGAACUACAUGGUGAACCCCAAUGGGUUUGAUGACAUGGGAAUGGGAGGAGGAGGAUUUGGAGGAGCAGGACCUUCUAGUGCUGGUGGUGGUGGUGGUGGUUUCUUUUGAUCCUGCCAGCUGGAUUUUGAUGCCCUUUUGUUUUUAAUUAAGAGUUCAUGUUGUUUUAAUUUCUGUACUGUUCCGGGUUAGCUAGUUUCAUAUGUACGUGACAACAUGCUUAAUUAGCACUGAUUAGCUAGGGUUCGGAAUUCGGAUAUCCUUGUCUUGAACCAUCAUCAGCAUUGUCAUGUAAUGCUAGCAGCUGGAAUGUUUUCCCUUUCGUAUCGUUUCUCUGUUAUGUUGCUCGGACUGGAGUGAUGUACUUUCAUUUGAGUUGUUUAAAUUGAAUAAAGGGCAUCUUUUUUAUU